AUGGCCAAGAUAAGGAGUAUGACUAGAAACCAAAAUCAUGAUCAUGAUGAUGCAUCUAGCAGGAAGAGGAUCAAGACGUGUGACAACAGUUAUGUAGUAGCACCUUGGUCAGAUCUUAACCAUGAUGUGCUUUUUAUAUUUAUGAUGCAACUUGGAGUCAUUGAUUUUCUUUCGUUUAGUGGAGUUUGUAAGUCAUGGAGAUCAUUUGCAGUCUCUAGUAGGAAAAGCUUUAUGGCCUCCCGGACACCCAUGUUCAUACAAAUCUUUUCUGAUGCGUAUGAGAAAACAUGUCAUUUAGAGGACUCUGAAGGAAGAAAGUUCAAAACUACCCUUCCACAUUCUGCUAGCAGGACCUGUGUUGGAUUAACUUGUGGUUACUUGAUCUUGUUCGGUGAAAAGACAAAGGAAUUUUGGCUUGUGAAUCCUAUCACAAGGCAUGGACUUCAUUUUCCUGAUGUCACAUCCGAUGUCUAUCAGGGACAUGAAAGAUUGAGGGUUAUCCUUGUCUUUUCACCUUCAAUAUCCGAGUGA